UCCGCGACUUGGUUCUCGUCGCCGACUCGGCCUUUAUACUCACUCUCGGCCUCUCGGAAGCGGAGGAAUCUGUGACGCCACGACACUGUGAAGAAUGUGGUGGGAAGAAGAAUUUCGAGAUGUAGAAGCGGAGGAAGAGGAGCAGCGAGAAUCCCCCUUCGAUUUCGAGUUCUUGUCCCUGCUAUCAAAGCCAAAGGAUUACUACAAGAUACUGGAAGUUGAUUUUGAUGCUACUGAAGAAGUAAUCCGUUCCAACUACAUCCGUCUGGCUUUGAUAUGGCAUCCUGAUAAGAAAAAGGAGGAAAGUGCUACUUCAAGAUUUCAAGAAAUUAAUGAGGCAUACAAAGUUUUAAGUGAUCCUGUCAAAAGGCAGCAAUACAAUGAGAAGGGAGUCUGUGUAAUCCAAGACUACAAUUCCAUCGAAUACCUGAACCGAUACAAGGGCUUGAUAUUAACAUGCAAUGGACUAGGUAUUAGAUAUCCAAUAUGGUAAAUCAACUUAAAGUGGUGCAACAAUACGCUGAGACGGCAAAAUCAUCUCUAGAGAUUUAUCAUGUAACACAAGCAUGGUAUCAUGCUGAAUCACAAUACAAUUAUCAAAUGGAUUAUGUAAUACUGUAACAACAUAUAUAAGUUGAAGAAUAUUUGAAUGUGAUGGGUAAAGCCUGAAGGCACAACGCCAUUUUGUUUGUA